UAUCCAUUGACUUUAUGCUGUUCUCCCAGAAGCCCUUCUUCCUAUCGCUCAACCAACGAUUCAAAUUGCACCUAGCCUGAACCUAGAAAUGAAAGCUCUCAAGUUCCCCAAUUGUUUCGCGAUGCUAGCUCGCAGCACAGGUGCGGCGGUUACAGAGCCACUAACCCUGCGUAAAUGCCAGCGCCGCAGUACGGAUAUGCACCCCCGCAUUCUCCGCUCUACGCUCUCAGCCGAGAGACUCGAGAGUCUCUCUGAGUUGCUUAUCAGUGUUACGCUGCCGCACUGGCCGUGAAUGGUAUCAUAUCAUACUGCGGAUAGAAAAUACGUUGUCAGAGGGUUAUGCCAGCCUCCAGCAUAUACGAACUGGAUCGUUAUGAAAGAUGGGCUUCGGGGACAGUGUUGCCGCAUUGCUGGAAACAUAUUCAAACUGCCUCUCGCUCUUGAAAGCCUUCAAGCGCAAGGGCGGGAAUCAACUGAUAGAGGCCGAGGAUCAUCGAGCUCACUUGCGCAAGUCUCUGAAGUCAGACCGGGCCUUGGUUGAACGCGCGUACUCGACGAGGCUGUCCAGGUCCGGCAGUCGGCUCAGUAAGGGCGACGCACCCGCCGUCUCGGCUCUUGGCCGCAUCUUGAAGAAGCUACGGGCAGCAAUUGCCAACCUGCUCCGGUUCUCCAGCACGAAGCAAGGCCUGGACUUGGACUACCAGUCGCUCAUGUCACUGUCGAACUCGUCCAGAGUCGACGCUAUCAAGGCGAUCGACCGCUUGUCCCGCCGCCUGGAUAGCCCAUCUCGGUCAUCAGUCGUAACAUCCUCUUCCAAGACAUCUUCUUCACCGUCUGCCUCUUCUCGGCAUAAGCGCCACUCAAGCUCGAGUCCGGACGAGGCUCCGAGGAGAAGCAAGACCGCAUCGCCCGAGAGCGCCCCGAAGAAGACGUCGUCGUCGAGCAAAGAUGGGAAGGCAGUAGGUAAACCGAAACCGGAAUCCAGAGCAAGGAACCCACCGGCGGAGAAGUCCAGGCCAGCCGCCAAGACGUCUCACCGGCGCACUGGCAGCGGCGAGAAACGAGCACCACCGCCACCAGCGCCGCCAGAAACUGCACCGCCAUUACCCAACCGGAUAUCAUUCAUAUCCAUCUCUACCGACAGCACCAAGCUGGGGGAGAUCCCGGAGAGGAAGCUGCGGAGGAGGUACCCGACGGCGGACUCCAGCUCGGACGAGUACAACGUCGCGCCCAUGUACCCGCUGAAGCCGUACACGACCGAGGUCAAGGAGAGGAGGUUUUGGGGCAUGUUUGGCCGGAAUAGGGAUGGCCGAACGGCGCCGAGCGGUCAUUGAAGGAGGCGACUUUGGCGAUUCACUUGGUGGGUUUCCCACGUUUUGUCCCAUAUCACGAUGAGUUUCGUGCUGAGGGUCCGUGGUACAAGUACAUUCAUCAGAGGAAGAGAGCCCAGAGAUUCGGAAACCCGAGGCCCAGGUGAAAUCCAGGUUUCGCAGCAGCAGCAGCGGGCGAUUAAUUCUCCGAGUCGAGCUCGCCAUGGUAGGGCUUGUAAGAGAAUUGCAUGUAGAUUCUGGAAGCCAGGGGGGGUGUUUGGUGAAGGCGUCGUCGUCG